CCGAAGAAGCCCUAGAGUAGUCAGAGAGACUCACAGUAACCUUCCUUUCACAAGUUGGAACUUGAACAACUGAACUAGCUCUCAAAACAACCGGCAAUGGCUGACGUGGUACAGUACCGGAUGGAGCGCAUGGUGGACGAGCUGGACGACCUGGAACGGCGCGGCCUCUUUACGCGCCGCGAAAUCAGCGAAAUCGUUAAGCAGCGCAGGAAGUUCGAGUACAGGUUGAAGAGACCGAGUCCUCUCAAGCAAGACUAUUUGGCGUAUAUAGAGUACGAGACUCAGCUCGACACUCUCCGCCGCCUGAGGAAGAAGUCGGUGCCGCGAGAGACGGAGGACGAUGAGAAGGCCGCGAAGAAGAAGAGGAAGAGGACGAAAAAGUCGGCCUCGGAUUUUGCUGGAGUUGCGAGGGUUUUGGAGAUUUAUAGGUUGGCGGUUAUGAGGUUUAAGGGAGAUAUUGAAUUAUGGUUUAGGUACUUGGAGUUUUGUAGGCUGCGAAAGAAUGGGAGGAUGAAGAAGGUCCUGGCUCAAGUGAUUAGAUUUCAUCCUAAGGUCCCUGGAGUUUGGAUAUAUGCGGCAGCAUGGGAAUUCGAUCAUAAUUUAAAUGUCACUGGUGCACGUGCUCUUAUGCAGAAUGGUUUGAGAGUGUGCCCAACUUCCGAAGACCUUUGGGUUGAGUAUCUUCGCAUGGAACUUACAUACCUCAAUAAAUUAAAGGCCAGGAAGGUUGCUCUUGGCGAGGAUAUGGGAACUCUGGUUCGUGAUCGUAGAGAGGCUGAUGAGAAACAAUGGAUUAAUGAAAACAAAGAUUUGUUUAUGCCCCUUGAAGAAGAUAAGGGAAGUGUUGAUGAAUCAAAUUUUGAAAAUAUGGAGUCCAAGAAGAAACUAGAUUUGUUUAGAGAACAAGGUUUAAGGGUUCUUCAAACUAUUUACAGUGGAGCAGUCGAGGCUAUCCCUUCAAGCUUCAGCCUGAGGCAAAGAUUUUUUGAGAUAUUGGAAGGGACGGACUUGGCACAAUCAGAAGACAUGCGCAAGGAGAUACUCAGUGACAUGAAGAGGGACUUUUCAGCAGAUCCAGAAUAUUGGGACUGGCUUGCAAGACUUGAAAUGACUGAUAAUAAAAGUACACAGGAGAUGAGUGAAAAUAUUGUGCUUUCCCAAAUGCAAAAAGCAGUUCAGGUUUAUGAGGAGGCUUUGGAAAAUGUGCCUUCAGCGAAGAUGCUUGAUCAAUAUACAAAGUUUUUGACUGAUAUUAUUACUCCCAAUGGAGGAGAAACUAAAGUUUCUGAGCCCUCCAGUCAUAUUGAACAUUGUAUUUCACAUCUCUUGACAGUAUAUGAAAAGGCUGAAGCAAUGGGGUGCUUGACUGAGGAUAUUGCUUGCAGAUAUAUUUCACUUUACUUGCAACUUGGGAGAUUGGAUGAAGCCCGGAAACUUGCUGAAAAGCUUUGUAGUGGAACUCAUUCUGAUUCUAUUCAAUUAUGGCUUUUAAGGGUCUCAGUAGAAGUCAGAUGUGUUACAAAGAAUUCCGUUUCUCCUAGCAAGGCUGACAUGCUAUCCAUCUUUGAACUCCUAAGAAGUAUUUUGACAAAAUUUUCAGUAUCAGAGGCUGAGAGCUUGUGGCUUAUGGCCCUAAAAUUUUUUGCAAAUCAAAAACAUUACUUUGAAAAGCUGGUGGAGAUUUCCCUCAUUUCUGUGGCUAAAGAUGUUGGCAGUGAAUAUGGAUUUUCCCUCCCUUCUGCUAUCAUAAAUUUUGUUCUUCAGAAAGAUGGAAUUCAGUAUGCAAGAGAGAUGUAUAAGCGGUUUCUUGCUCUACCCCGGCCAGGUCUUGUGUUAUAUCGAAAUUGUAUUGAAUUAGAAUCGAAUCUUGCAUCUGUUGGGGAUAAAAAUUCUCUGGUAAAUGCUCGAAAGUUGUUUGAAUCUGCUCUUGCAACUUAUGACCAAAACACGGAAUUGUGGCGAGAUUACUAUUCUAUGGAGACUAAGUUGGGGACAUCAGAAACAGCUACCGCCGUCUAUUGGCGAGCACGGAAGACACUUAGGGACUCUGCUGCGCUUACAGUUUUGCCAGAUGCACUAUAAUGUCGCAAUUGAUAGCCGAAAACCAAAACACAAUUUUGACCUUGUUGUAUCCAUCAAUUUUGACAUCGUUUCCUAAUAUAUGCCCCAUUCAUUCCAGUGUAAUUGGAGAGAAACAGAUAAAAAAAGGCAUUAAUUUUAGUUUAUUAAUAU